CACUGUUUUCAUAAACAGCUGUAGCGCUACAAGAACGAAAACAAAAUAAGCUUACCGGUAUUUAAACAGUGUUUGAAAAAUAAUUCGUGUUUUAAAUUUAAAUCAAUCCUUCUGGGAACGAGAGUAACUUAAACCACCAAAAAAGAAAAAAAUCAAUCCUACAACCAUAAGUAGAACUAUGCUUAAGACAACAUGCUUCGAUAUUUGGCGGCAAGAAAUAGAAACGCCUCGUAUUGUUACGCUAUGUAAGGAACUGGAUGAUAAACUAGGAGGUGGUAUUGCGGCUGGUUUCAUUACUGAAUUUUGUGGUGGACCGGGUUGUGGAAAAACGCAAUUGUGCUUUCAACUUUGUAUCAAUGUGCAAUUCCCGAAAUGCAUUGGUGGUCUGCAAAGCAAGGCUAUUUAUUUGGAUACCAACCAAGAUUUUAGUCCAACACGUAUACUAGAACUUGCCGUAUCAACAGAAAAACGCUUCCAGCGCCUACUAGGCAAAAAUAGUUUUGAUCCGAGUUCAAAAUGUGAUUUUACAGCAAACUCGAUAUUGGCUGGGAUUAAUUACAUAUACUGUGAAAAUUAUUUAAUGCUACAAACUGCCGUAGAGAAUAUACCGGAAAUGGUCCGAAAGGAUAAGGAUAUAAAACUAAUCGUAAUUGACUCGUUCUCUUUCCCCAUUCGUGUAAUCGAGGAAGUUGCUGAGCGUACUGGCAUAACCUAUAACUUGCUAACUAUUUUGCAGCAUUUAACAAUGGAGUACAAGAUUGUGGUCGUCAUCACAAAUGAAUUAACGACUCGUUUCAAUGAUAAUGAGUGGAAAAUAUGUCCUGCCCUGGGCGAUAGUCAUGCACAUAAAAUUAACCAUCGAAUUAUUGUCAGCAAAUGCAAUGAACAAAAAUACUAUAUGGCAUUGGUAGAGAAAUCGAACAUGAUGCCUCAAGUGGCGAUUCCUUUCGUGAUUAAACAUAAUGGUAUUAGGGGUAUUUCUUAGAGAACAUCAGUUUCACGUUUAAUACAUACUAAUUCGAUGCCAUAUAAGAGUUGACUUCUGAAUACAUGACUAUUCAAACUGAGCGCUCUAACAACAGCUGAUGACAUCAUCGCUCUAACUCGAACCAACAUCAUUUGCAAACGACAACAACGGCAAAAGUGUCCCAGCAUAAAAGUUGGAUGGAUAAUGAAGAAUGUUAAAUUAAAUAAACUUAACAAUUACAUAUUUGUAUAAUGAAUCAAUCUAAACAAAUUCAGUGACUAAAGUAAAUUUAGGAAAAUAUAUAUAUAUAUGUGUUAGCAUGUACA